GCAUCCAGUUCCCUGAUCCAGGCGCGUGCAGCAGUUCCUGACCGUGUUACAGUUAUGAAUGUGACUUAGCGAUAUGGAGUUGAUGUCUAACCAAAAACAGUCUCAAGGAGACAAAAGCCCUAAAACUGAGACAAGUAGAAGUCAGUGCACUGGAGGACACAGCUCCUCUGCUGGUUCUUCUGUUUACUUAACUCUCACUGAAAACCAUCCAAACGUGUCCUCAGAGAGUUCACUGUCUCCACAUCCCCUGGACGUACCUUCCCCAGAGAUCAGCCCCAGUCUCUCAGAUGGCUGGACUCAAGACAUUAGUUGUGAUUAUGUUAAAAAGAGCAGAACUCACGACUGUGUGAUGGGAAUUACACCAGAUAACUCAGUAAGUCCAGAGAACGGUGAUCAAGCAUGGACACCAGCCACGUGUCAUCACUCCAGGCUUGUUAACAGUGCUAGCUUUCCUGGAUUUGGUGCAACUCAUUGGUUGCUACAUGAAAAUCAGAAUACAUCUGCCAGCAACCGGGAAAUCAUUGAUUACCGCAAUCUGACACCUCAAGUGCCGUUUGUGCCUUCCAUUGCCAAGUCCAUUCCAAAGAAAAGGAUCUUUCUUAGGAAGCCCAAAAAGGCAAUCAAAGACCUUUUCGUCCACAAAAAGCACAAUAGCGAGAAAGCGACGUCACCAUGUACACCAUGCCGUGAAUAUGGACCAACAACAACAAAAAAAAAGAAAUCUUCAAGAUGCCGUGAAUCCAGGACUUCUCGCAAAAUGAGUGAUCCACUUUCCGACUCCUCGAGUGAAGGAUGCUCUAAUGUAUGCGAGGACGCUGUGUCACUGAAAAGUUUUGGCUCUCAAGCCGGUUGUGGAGAGAUAUUUGCAGAUGAGGAAUACCUUGUCUCUCUUGAAGGGAUGCCAAAACUUAAAACAAACAGGGAUAUCGGCGAAACUCCAAAGCGAAGUCCUGUUGCCUUUCAGGGAGGCUUGGAGCAACUAGCGUCACCUGCUCAUCCUGAAGUCUUGGACUUGUUUGGAAUGUGGGAGACCAUCAAUAGGACUGUUCUUUUUAGUCAAAGUUCAAGCCAAGAAACAAAUACAAGCUCUACACCAAUUUCUAUAUCACUGUCCUCAAACAAAACGACGUAUCCCAUUGAGAACGUUACGAGCAAAAAUACGACAGAGCAAGAAAAUAGUCUGAAUCACACAAUGACACCAAAAAGUGAGAACCAAGAAAGCACCAGCGAUGAAGGUUACUUUGAUUGUAUUUCUACUGAAGAUCACAGUGGGCAAUCUCUAACACCAAUUUUUUCCAGAAAAUUCCCUAGGGACACAUACAGUGGAGAUGCUCUCUAUGAGCUAUUUUAUGACCCUAGUGAGGCUGAAAUGACCCCCAUUUUUGAUGAUGAAAUGGAUCUACCGAGUACCGUUAUUGGCCAGCCAAGUCCAGACCUCCCAUUAUCCAUGUACAGCUUCCAUAUUGGAUCAGAAGAGAACCUGGCACCUCCUCUAUCAGUAGACCUCAUUAGCCAAGACUUUCUGCAGAGUAACUGGGUAGGGAAGGACUGCUUACUGAAGCUUUGUGAUACAGAAAUUUCCAUGGCUAUGGGUAUCGUCAACUGGAUGAAACAUAGGACAAUCAAGGUUAACCAGGCAGAGUUGGGAACUCCAGGUAUUAGGACUGGCGAUAAUGGAGAUGUAUGCCAAGAAGAAAAAGUUCAAACAACGGAUCUUGGAAAUGCCCCAAAUAACGCAGUUCUGAGGACUGCUCAUAGUAGAGAGAACAUAACUGACCUUAAAUUGAGCAGACCAUGUCAAGGAGAUGUUGGUCAUCUCUCGGUGGAUACAGUGAAACACCAAGCUGGAGUGGUUACAACACCAGAGAGCCAACCCAGGACCCCAACAAGUCAUGUAUGCUUCCGGAUAUUCAAUAUCAACUCACCAUCAACACCCAACAAGGAUUUGGAGUCUCCCAUAGGACGUUCUCCUGGCUCUGGAACGGGUUCCUUGUUUGUGCUGGCCAUAAACAAAGAAUCUCUUUGUGAAUCUUGCAAGGGGUCCCUGAAAUGUGGUGCCAAGGAGUUGCACUUGUGCCAUUCGUGUACCUCCUUCAUUGAACAAAUAAAGACGUCAGAGUUGUGGCCUCAUGCCGAUCUUUACCAAGCUAAGCUUGCAGGAAGUCCACAAGCAUUGCUUCCUUCUCCAAGCAGCAGUUGCGGUAUAGCAAGUGACAUCAGUAUUCUUUCGCUAGUCGAGCAGUGUGCUAAUCAGAUGUCCUCGUUGAAGCUUAACCAGCGUCAACAUCUUUCUGAUCGUGAAACGAGAGCCAUCACCAAUCAAGGCAGUGAUAACUAUCCGAGGAAAGAUCGUACUAGGAAGUACGUCAAGCCCAAGCCCAAGAAGAAAGGCAAUGUAACAGGAAAAGUGGGUGACAAUACAAAUGUUAAAGACGGUUUCAACCAUGUUGCAUGUAGUCCGUCCCUACUGGAGAUGAAGAGGCUUGGCCUUGUCACAACCAACGGAUCAGACAAUUUAGUUCUGGAAACAUACAAGAGUCCUUGCUACCUACAAACUAAUCCGAUCAAGGACACUGACGUAUCUCAAGCUUCAAGGCCGACUUCCCUUCCUCUCACAAGUGCUACCUCCUCUCGGUUCUCUAAAAAAGAGCAGCGCAAUGCCAUCAAGGUCAAAGAAAAAACGUGCGAAAGAUUGCGACGAGACCGGAAACCAGCGGUGACCGGGGAUGGUUCAUCAGACAGUGUCACCUCAGAGGACAAGAAGAUGGAACGAAGGUGCAGGAUGAAGAAAUAAAGCAGGUUCUCCACAGACCUCACGGUCACAGCGAGGUUUUAUCGGGCAGCUAAUAUUUUCACCAGCUGCCAAAAUUAACAUCGUUAAUGAACAAGUGUGUAAAUUAACAAUCCAUCUCUGUUCUUCUGUUGAGUGUUUAAUAUUUCCUUUUUCUUUUGACGUCAUGAACAAAUAUUUUUCUUCUCAUUCUCUUUUUUAUUUUUUUAAUUUAAUAUAGACGUUUGAUUGACCGAUAUAAAGAUUCAAGAUUUUUCUUUGUCACGUACUCUAACGUGCAGUGAAAUGAAAACAUGGCCUACGCCUCCUUAUAUAUAACUUCAUAUAUAUAAUACAUCUCUUUAUAUAUCACCGAGCAACAUUGGUUGAGAUUUUUUUUUAAACAUUCCCAGCUAUAGAAGUCCUAAAGGUUCUGUGUGGAACCGUAACACGGCGUGUUAGAAAGCGUUCCGACCCAGAACCCUGCGAGGACGGAGAACCUGUUAGUAAGAGUGUGUAGAGUCUCACAGCUGUGUGUGGAGGAGCGGGGAGUGUGUUCGCAUCAGAGUCUUAGUGUUUAAAACCCGUUAAAGUAGAUCAUUAAUGUGUGUUAAUGUAAAUACACAAGUGAAGAUAUAACCAUGAAUAACAACAUAGAAUGAGUUUUAUAUAUAUAUAUAUAUAUAUAUAUAAUUUAGACAAACCCCCCCCCCCAUGUAAAUUUUUAUCUUAGUAAAGUACACGGCAAAAAUUUACCUUUCUUUCAUUUCUCAUUUAUUAUUUAAUUUAUAACUCCUUGGAUUGGACUGCACUGUGGAUUUAUUCAUUUUUAUUUAUUCUUCUUUUUUCCUUAUUUAUUUAUUUAUUUAUUUAUUUAUUUAUUUAUUUAUUAAUUUGCUUAUUUAUUUGUUUGCAUAUUUUUUUCCCCAACAUUUACUACCUAUUUAUUAUUAAAUAUAUUAUUUAUUUUUAAAUACUAUAUGCUGUAUAUACACACACUAUAGCGAUACUAUACCACAAUACAUUUGUCCUUCUUUUUUAUUUACAUUUUAUAUUAGUAUGUUGUGGGUUUUUUUUCUUUGUACAACCUUCAGAUUUGUUACUUCUUUACUUUUUAACAUUUGUUUACUAUUAUCUAAUGUGUGUACAUUAUAUAUCCCACCCUUAUUUAUUUUUUCCCCCUUCUUUUUAUUUCAUUUUUUCCGUUCUUCUUAUUUGUUUCAUUGUUUUUCUCCCUUUUUUAAACUAGAAUUAUUGAUUUAUUUAUGACGAAAUAUUUUGAUCAUUUUGUAUUUUAGUGUGAUCUGAAAAAAAGACUUAGUUAUUAUUAGUGUACUUGAAUGAGGAACUUUAUUUCACUGAGAAAGUGUGUGUGUGUGUGUGUGUGUGUGUCCAACGUGAUCUGAAUGUAGUAGCCGCUUUUACAACAACCUCAUUCACACACACACACAAAGCGAGCAGGUGUGUGUAUUCAGUAAAGACGUGGCCUGCAGUCUAAAUGUAAUGAAUGUAAUGAGAUUAAUAAGGGUGUGGAGUUAAAAUGCUGCUUUGUAUUUAGUUUGAAACAAAUAUUUGUCAUUUUUAUCUGAAAUGAUUCGCAUACAUUUUUUCUUUUGCAACAUUCUCAUUGACUUCUCAAUCUUCCCCUUGGUUUAAGCCUUAAAAUAAAUCACCUGACUGAACUGUAUUGUUGAUUAUAUAAUUAGCAUGUUAGCUUGUUAGCAACACAUUCAGAACUUAGUGUGUGUUCCCUCUGCGUUGUUCUUGCGUUGGAGUGAUGAGAACCCGAUUAGAGCACGUUAAAGAACGACAGUGUUAUAACACAUUUCUCAUUACGGUGUACGAAAAGGGACAUAACUGAUCUGAAUGACUAGGAGAAGGGAGAAAAAUAAUACCUUUGUAAAUAAUAAACAGUAUAAAUCAGAUUUUUUUUGUUAUGUAAAGCAGUUACUGUAUCACACAGGGUGAACGAUAACUAAAUCACUAAACGGUCAUGUUGCACAUUUUAAACAGCAAUAACACGUGAACACACACGAACGUGAAGGUGAAAUUAGCGUAGGUGUUUAUAGACUGAUGUUAAGAAUAAAACGCUUUGAUAAAGGAAGAGUGUUUUUGGGAAAAAGCCUUUAAUGUGGCCGUGAAUCUGCUCGUGUUUCUCGUGGAUGUGUUUUAAUGGUGUCAUUUCUCAGGUGAAUCGGUGAAAUGAAUCAAAUCAGUGAACGAAUCAGUAAACGAAUCAUCGCAUGCGAGACGAUCCUGUAGAGCACUAACGAUACCAGAUAGGUUUAUAGAUGAUAAAUAUAUCCUGUAAUAAACAUGUUGCAUGAUGUGGUUUUUAGGUGCUAUAAAAUCAUUAGGAUAGAAAAUGUAUAUUAUUUUACUGGAAAUUAUUAUUAUUAUUAUUAUUAUUAUUAUUAUUAUUAUUGUGCAAUAUCUCUGCCAUGUUUCAGUGUCAGUGAUGCAAAAUCAAAAGGGUGAUUAAUAAACUUAUCAACAUGU